AUGAAGGCCCGUUCAUCUCUCCUUGCUACGACUGCCAGCGCCACGACUCUCCGCCGCGACGCUCGGGGCUGGUCACCUGCGCAGUGGCAGGACUGCGACGGCGACGCUGGCCCGCCAUGGCAGCUGUCGUCCGUCCUUCUUCCCCGGAGGGCCUUCACCGCCUCUACCGCGCCGUCUUCGGGCCAGCCCGAGGGCGAGGCCACCAGCCCUGCGCUCAUCAAGGAGACCAGCGAGCUGUUCUACCAGCAGUUGUUUGUGGCCAAGGACGAAAAGGCGGCGUUCCACCUCUACAAGAUCCUCAACUCGCUGACCAGGAACCGCGCGUUUGCGGUCGAGUUCGGCCAGCACGAGGGCGGACGGGCCAUCGACCAGCUCUUCCGGCUGUUCCGGGAGGCGGCCACCACGCACUACUCGCAGGAGAAGAUCCUGGCCGUGCUGACCAACCUCGCCCGGCACGACGCGACCCAGCGGCGGGCCAUCGCCGUGAGUGGUGCCGAGCCGCUGCGGCAGGCGCUCGUCUGCAAGACCACCCUGCGCGGCGUCGUGGCGCAGGCCGUACAGCUGCUCAACGUUACUCUGCAGAGCAAGGCAGAGUUGCCUUCGUCGCUCUUCGAGGGAUACGUGCCGGCGACCAUGGAUCUGAUGGUGGACUUUGCGGACAAGCCCGAACUCCAGCUCGACCUCAUUCACCUGCUCGGCCUUCUCUCCACCGAUUGCGGCUUUGAAGACUACAAGAAGCUCUCGCCAUUGGGCGCGGCCAUGCUCAUCCGCAACAUGCAGGCCUACAUUUUUGAACCGCAGAGCGAUUCCGAGGAGGAGAGCAAGCUAGCGCAGGCCUUCCAGAACACAUUCCUAGAACACGACAGCAAGGCGCGCUACGCCGUGCUCAACGGGCUCAACUGC